ACAUGUGUCCAGCAUCAGUGUUUCCUGACUCUGUUCCAACCCUUCUCCAGGCUAAGUAGUUAUUCCAGUUUUGCCUCUUUAUUUGAACUAUCCCUGCCUUCAUCUCAUUUACCAUAUGCACCACGACUAGUCAACAGGACAGUAUCUCUGAAACAGUAUCAGUACAGUAUCAUUAAGCUGAAUUCAACCCCCAUAAAACAGACUUCAGAUGCUUAGGAUCCUGGUGCUUCUGUAUCUUGGAUGCGAAGUGACACAAUGUCAGAAGACUUGUGGCUAUUACAACGUUACAGAUGCUCUGGGGGUACUGGAAGGAUCUCCUCGUCUGAUAUACUUACGCCCUGUCAAAGACUGGAGAGAGCCUACAUACGUCACAUUAGACAUGACCUUCAGAAGUGUGCUGGAUAUGGAUGAGAAGUUACAGACACUGUCCUCGCUCAUGGACAUUGAAAUGAUGUGGGAAAAUCAGCUUCUGUCCUGGAAUCCAGAAGAAUUCUGUGGGAUAUCACGAGUUUCCAUUCCUGAGAGUACAGUCUGGAUCCCGGAUAUAUAUAUUUCAGAAACAAUAGAGGACAACUCUCUUGAUGUAUUGUUUGUUCAUCUAUAUAAUAAUGGUACAAUGCAGCAAACAAAAACCCUGAACAUCUUGACCACAUGUUCCUUGGAUCUAUAUAAAUUCCCAUUUGAUGCACAGAAGUGUAAUUUAACAUUUGGUCUAAGCACAAAUCCAGUUAAUGAUGUGAUACUGGCUUCUGGCUUUAAUGCAGACAAUAUUACAUUCCUAUCAAAAGCUGCUUUUACUACUGGUGAAUGGUCCUUACAGAAUGUUCAAGUUUUUCCUCGGAAUGUCUCUAAAAACGGGGAGACAUGGAGUAAAAUGAUUUAUCAGAUCAGUAUAAAAAGGGCUCCCAUGAUGUAUGUCAUUAACCUCAUUAUCCCAGCCUGCCUUCUUGUGUUGGUGGAUGUUGCCAGUAUGUUUAUUCCAAUGGAAGGAGGUGAACGUCUUGGAUUCAAGGUUACAGUUGUGCUUGGAUUCUCUGUGCUUCUGCUUAUUCUGAAUGAUUUUCUACCCAACACAGAUAUUCCACCUAUACUAGGUGUUUUCUGCAUGGUGUGCUUGGUAAUUAUGAUUGUCAGCAUUAUAGACUCAAUAUUUAUAGCCUACAUGCUGCACCUUUCUGCUGUUCGGCCGGAGGUACCCCACUGGUUAAAGCUCUGGGUCCUGAAGCGCUUGGCUUUUGUUCUUCGAAUUCCAACAAAAGAAAGACAACUGGGAUCCAAUAUUCUGGGUGCUGAAAACACAGUAGUGACUGAAAAAGCAGCUACCCUCCGUGAACUGGAGAGUUCUUCAAGUAAACAAGUCACAAAAGAAUUCAAAGCCAGUAUAGAGAUAAAACUGCUGAAAAAGCUUCUUCGAGAGUUGCUUAUGGUUCGGCAACACCUUAUUGUAACAAAACAAGAGGAGGAAGACAAGUCUGAAUGGCAUAUGGUGGCCUUUGUGUUAGACCGGUUCAUCCUCAUCCUUUACCUGAUCACUGUAGCCCUUAUUGCAGUAAUUGUGGUGGUAGUUUGGGCAGCAUGACAUGACUUCCUGAAACAGCACUGUAUAUUUUUAUUUAUUAAAGUGGACCUGUCCCCCAGACACAAAAAAGCUGUGUCAUAAAAGUCCUUCUCAAAUUAAACAUGAAAUCCAAUGUCUAUUUUUUAUUAAAGCAUUUAUGGCUGUUGUAAACUCAUUGUAAAAAUAUCAGCCUUAGGCAUAGAGGGCAGAGAAUUACUUUCACCUUCCAUUCAGCACUUCCUAAAUGUCGCUGCUCUCCCCACAUUCCUUCGUUCUCUUCACUGUUUAAAUGUGUAGCCAUGUCAUAGGGAUGGACAUCGGUUCCCCGAUUCUGAGAUGCAAGGCUUGCAUGUGUCCACAAAAUGGCUCCUGCCUGCUUGAUAUAGUUCCCAGACAGAAGAAAACAAGAUUCAAAUAAUUUAUAUAGUGUAGUUAAAGUUUAUUUUGCUUGACUAAUGUGAUAAAAUAGAAUUUUGAAUAUUUUUUUGGGGUGAAGGGUCCCCUUUAAUGCCACUACCAUUGAGUUUUCUCAUUUCUUACAAAUGUAUUUCUAUUUUGCCAGUCAUUUAAACCUCUUUAGGGAGAGACCCACUGGAUGAGGUCAGCAUCAACAAUGUACUCACCUGACUUGUCUGAUGUUGUCUGAAACGAUUCUCAAGCCUGCCUGAUUGAUAUCUGUCUUAUUUUACCCAGAUAUCAAUAUCCCCAUGUAUGGCCACAUUUAGAAAAUUUGAAUCAGAUCCAGUAAUUUGCAACAUCUCAGCAAGCAGCUGUAGCGUUUGUGUUAUAUCUUGUAAAGCACUGUGUUGUGCUAUAAAUAAACAUAUAAACAAAA